AUGACUUUCCCAAUCACAAUGUCAAUUUUGUAUCAACUUUGAUCAUUGUAACUUCUUCACAAUGUUCAGACAAUGAUUCUCAGCUCACGUUUGCUAGGCUUUUUUGUGUAUGGGACAAAGAGGGACCUAGUGCACUGGACUAUGAGAGUGUGUGCUGUUCCCAGCACCUGUGCAGUGGUCUGAUGAUUGUCAAAUCCAGCCCAGAUAAGUCAAUGCGUUACUGCUUUCAGGUUCAUCUGGGAUGAAUCACCAGACAGGCCUCCCAAGGGAAGAGACUACGUGUCCUAAACAUGUACCAUAUGCUGCAUACCGCGAGACAUUGGGAGGCGCAAAUCAUUACAAGCACAGAAAGGCUGUAUCCUCUUCACCUAGUCGAUCUGGCAGAGAUGAAGGUUCUUCAGUGGACCAGGGGACAAGUACAGGCUUACAAACAGUGAAGACUCUAAAGAGGAAGGACAAGCAAUCACAGACAUGCUUUGAGAAAAGGGACUUUGGGCACCAUGUGGCGUGCCAGACCAACAUCAGCGCACUGCAUGCCCAACGAAGUCCUAGUCCAGGAUGCAGUGAAGAUAGAAGUUCAGGUGCCAGUGACAAAAAAGAGCAGCUUCCACAGAUACACAAAGUAUUCAUAGGAUCCAGUGAAGAGACAAGUUCAGGUGCCAGUGACAAAAAAGAGCACCUUCCACACAUACAUAAAGUAUUUACAGGAUCCUGUGAAGAUACAAGUUCAGGUGCCAGCGACAAAAAAGAGCACAUGCCACAGAUGCAUGAAGCAUAUCUGGAGGAAGACAGAGAGGGGAUAUGUGAGAAAGCAGUCCAAACGAAACCGCCCACUCAUUCCAGAGAGACUGCAAAAAAGACUUCCAGUGAGCAGCAGGGCAGCAGCUAUGUGGGCAAGCUUGCUGCAUGUGCCUUACUGGUUGGGGUCAUCGGCUACCUAGCCAUCAAACACCACAAGAGCAUCAACCACAAAUAAAUACCGACCUUCACCAUUUUAAUAGCCUAAUAACACACAAUUGUUUUUUGUUCCCCUACAAAUAAAGGGUGUGCUAUAAGAUAA